AUGACGUCAGCGCUGCUGGUGGCGUUAACAGUGCUCAUCGUUGCGGGAGCAGCAAAUUCGCAACUCCGUCCCGAAGACGCGCCUCCUGCCAUAAACGACACACGUUGCGGCACAGAAUGUGUACGAUGCGGCGCGGACGGAUGCGUAAAGUGCGCGAGGCUGCUUGUGUGGCCAAGCGGGAGUUGUGCACACGAGUGUCCAGCUGGCACACGAGAGGCGUGGGCGCACGAUGAUCAUCUUAUGGGCCGAGUGUGCUAUCCUUCUAACACUUAUAACGAGGUGUUAGUCGGUGGCGCGUGCGGUGCUAUUCUGUGCAUCGCCCUCGUGGCGGGUGGUGCAGCAUAUGCAAGAUGUCGUGGGCACCCGCGUGCUCAACCGCAGCCCCUACCGCCACUAACGCACCAUGACGACGAUGCUCGACUGCGAGAAUUUCACAAGCAGCUUGAUUGUUUACGACCUCAUGCUUUUACGCUCCUGGCAAUUCUGAACCACACGCGGCAUCAAGUGAGAGAGCUUUAUCAACUUGGUAAUAAUGAUGCAGCUAUGGCAUACAGUUGCGUGCUGAGUGAUCUGGCGAAGCUGCUCAUAUUGUUGAAUAAACAACAAGUGCCCGUCGUGCCUGAUGAGUGGCCGAGGCUCGCUAGUUGGGCGGAAAGGAUAUUAAAACGCUACAGCCGUAUGAGCAUUGGUCAGCAACAACAGAGCCAACUAGUAAACUUUCUGCCAACUCCAUCGAGUCAGGAAUCAGAUUCGGAAACUACGCAGCAAUCAUUUUCAACAUUUAAACCACCUUCUUAUUCCCCCACGUCUUUUGACAGCCACACAAUAGACAAAGAACUAAAACAAUGUCAGUGGAAUAAUAUCAGACCACCGAGUUACUCACAAAUCGAGAGGGAGAAAGAGAAUUAUACGCAAACAGAGGGGCAGGAGGAGACAAUCAUCCUCUCCGAUCCAUGGGAGAGGAGACAGAUUUUCAACAAAAUUAAAUGCAGAAAAUGA